AUCAGGUAGUGAGAUGAGGAUUCAACGAGAACAGCAUCUCUCUCUCUCUCUCUCUCUCUCUCUCUCUCUCUAGUAUGAGCUCGUCAUACCCCUAAAGCGUUCCAGUGUCGUUCCCUGGAGAGCAAGCUAGUACCUCAUCAGUUCGGCUUCUACCAUGGCUGAUACCAUUCUUCUCCCCCUACAAGAGGGAAUCCCUCGUAAGAGAACCCUAAAGAGAGCCGUAGAACUCACCAUCUUCUUCCUCCUCCUCUCUCUCCUCUCUUAUCGCCUCGUAUCUCUUAACAUCAACAAUAGUAUGGCUUGGCAACUCGCAUUCCUCUUCGAGUCAUUCUUCACCUUCUAUUGGGUCCUCACCAUGAAUGUUAAAUGGAACCCUUUUCACUACAGAACUUAUCCCCAACGCCUCUUAAAUCGGGGUGUGGAGCUUCCCCCGGUGGACUUGUUUGUGACUACAGCAGACUCUAUUCUUGAACCACCAAUCAUCACAGUAAACACUGUACUCUCCUUGUUAGCUCUUGAUUACCCACCUCACAAGCUCGCUUGCUAUGUCUCUGAUGAUGGAGCUUCACCUAUUACCUUCUAUUCUCUAAUGGAAGCAUCCAAGUUUGCUAAGCUCUGGGUACCUUUCUGUAAGAAGUAUGAUGUUCAAGUCAGAGCCCCUUUUAUGUAUUUCUUCGGCGACGGCGAGGAAGAGCCUAAGGCAGCCACCGACGUCCUCCUCUCACCGGAAUUUGGACAGGAAUGGAGGGAGAUUAAGAAUGGAUAUGGACAACUUUGCCAGAGAAUUGGAGAGGCGAUUCAGAAAGGAGUCCCAUGUGAAUUGAUUGGAGAAUUUGCAGCUUUCUCUGGAAUUGAACGUGGAAACCAUCCUAGCAUAGUUAAGGUUAUAUGGGAGAACAAGGAAAAUAUUUCAGAAGGGAUACCACAUCUCAUAUACUUGUCAAGAGAAAAGAGGCCAAAACACCCACAUCAUUUCAAAGCAGGGGCAAUGAAUGUCUUGACUAGAGUAUCAGGAGUGAUGACAAACUCUCCUUUCAUGCUUAAUGUGGACUGCGACAUGUUCGCUAACAAUCCACAGCUUGUGCUUCAUUCGAUGUGUCUCCUGCUUGGAUUUGAUAAAGAGUCUGCAAGUGGUUUCGUUCAGUACCCACAGAUGUUCUAUGGAGGUCUUAAGGAUGACCCUUUUGGAAAUCAGUAUAUAGUCGCAGCCGAAUACAUCAUUCGUGGGUUUCUAGGACUGCAAGGACCAUUAUAUUGUGGAACAGGAUGCUUUCAUAGAAGAAAAGUUAUAUAUGGGUUACCAGCGGAUGAAGCAGAUAAUAAAGGAAACAAUCACAGCAUCGUUAAUGGAAAAUCGCUAGAAUCACUACAAACAAAAUUUGGAGAUUCAAAAGAAUUUGCAAAAUCAGCAGCUCAAAUAUUAUACGGGACAAAUAACAGCAUAAAUCGUCCUCUCAAUCUUUCAAGCUGCAUCGAUGCAGCAAUCCAUGUUGCAGGUUCAGCUUAUGAGUACAAGACUGAUUGGGGUACAAAGGCGGGUUUGGUCUAUGGAUCAACUACAGAAGACUUACUAACAGGAAUCAGAAUUCAUGCAAGGGGGUGGAGAUCCGUAUACUCAGAUUUGGACUCUCCAGCAUUUCUUGGGUGUGCACCGACGGGUGGACCCGUAAUCAUGAUCCAAAUGACAAGAUGGGUCACUGGCUUUUUAGAGAUCCUCUUCAGCAGCAGAAGUCCCCUCCUUGCUACUAUCACUGCAAAGCUCCGAUUCAGACAAUGCUUGGCCUAUUUUUACUUACUGCUAUGGGGACCACGUUCUUUACCUGAGUUCUUCUAUGCUCUAUUACCUGCAUACAGUAUCUUCACCAACACCCAUUUCCUUCCUACGGUCUCUGAACCAGCUAUAUUCAUCCCAAGUGCACUCUUCAUCAUUUAUAAACUCUACACUCUAUCAGAGUACAUCCAAUGUCGGCUCUCAAUCCGAACAUGGUGGAACAACGUGAGAAUGUCAUGGAUAACCACCACAACUGCAUGCUUGUUUGGAUGCCUAAGUUUCUUUCCCAAGUUGGUAGGUCUUUCAGAGAAUAUUUUCGAAGUUACACCAAAAGAUAACCAAGUCACCUCCAUCCAGGGUUCUGAUGCAGACGCCGAUCAUGGCCGGUUUACCUUCAAUGACUCGCCAAUCUUCAUGCCACCAACUAUUCUUCUGUUUGUGAACUUGACUGCACUCUUCAUGGCCAUUGUUGAUGGAUCUUGGUUGGGGAUAGGGGAGAUCAUUUGCUGUGCAUGGAUGGUGCUCACCUUCUUGCCCUUCCUCAAAGGGCUCUUUCGAACAGGAAUAUAUGGGAUCCCUUGGUCCACUACAUGGAAAUCAGCUGCGUUGGCAUUACUCUUCCUUCACUUCUCAAGGCAUUGGGCUUCUAAAGGUUAAACAGAUGUCCUCAGAAUUAAAUAAUCAUAUAUGCCCAUGAUUCAAGCCAAAUCAGAAAUUAUUGAAGGGUUGGAAAAAUCCUCAUGAUUUUUAUUUUAUUUUAUUUUAUUUUAUUUUAUUUUUAAGAGGAGAGAUGCUAUUGUGCCUGUCAAAGAGGAGAUCGAGGUGUCCUUGAAAACUGUGAUCUCAUUUGCAGAUCAAUUAAAGGUUUUGCUAGCUUGAAUUCUA